GUCGUGGAAAUAACAAUGAAACUUUACCGAAUGUGCCCAGGAAGCUGUCGCACAUUUUCGGACGCGUCCUGCUGUUUGGGGAGCGUCAGUGUUUUGUGAAGAAAAAAAAAUCAACGCACUCUUUGAUUGGCGUGUAUGCGUGUGGCUGUGUGCUUUUCGAUAGCCAAUUAGCCGGAAGCGAACCAAUUUUGGCGAGACAGUGAGAGAGAGAGAGAGAGAGAUAGUGCGGGCAAAAGACAGAUAGAGGGAGAGCGAGACACUAAGUGGAGGGUCCUGCGAGUCGUUUGUGUAGUCCGAUUUUCUAGGUCAUCGUUACGCUUAUUGGCGUGUGGUUUGUUCGCCAAACUUUGCAGAUAAAACCUGUGCCCAUCCCGGGUUCCAAAGGGACCAAGAAACGCCGGCAGCGAUUGAAACGGCCACGUGGAAGAUCCUGCUGUUCUGGACACGUUCGGUCACCGAAUGGACACAAUGUCCCCGGAAAGGACACUUUCACCUGACGAGGACGAAAGCAGCAGCGACGCCGGAAGUAGUGACCACUUGAUCGAGGACGAAACGGCUCUGGGAGAGCAGCUCGGAGCAGGGUCAGCAGCAGGAGCCGGCAGUAGUAGUAAUAGCAGCAGUAACAGCACCAACAACGGAGUCAGCGGCGGCGCUGAAACAAUCAUCGGUGGUCACGUCACGGUGGAAACAUCCUCACCGAUCGGCAGUCCGGCCCCGGAACUAGAGUUAGGGCCCGGCCCGGCCCAACCGCUUCCGACCGGCGGCAAACCGUACGGCUCCAGCAUGGUGCUAUCGACGAUACCGUUGGACGCCGUGACCAGCAGCCAACUGAUUCUGCAGCCCCACACGGGCAGCAACAUUUUCCACCCGUCACCCCAACAGCUGCAGCAGCAGCAACCUCCGCAAACGCUCAACAACAACAACACGAGCUUUAAAAAUCACAACAACAGCAGCAACGGCAGCGGCGGCGUCGGGGGCAAAAAUAUCCUCAUCAACACCGGCGGCAACGGCCAUCAUCAUCCGCAGCUCGUUCCGCAUCCGCACACGACUAUGGCAACCAUGUCCGGCGGCGCCAUCCUAUCCUCCAGCAUAGUGCCAUCUCCGGCCUCGCCGGGCACCAGUGGUGGCGGGCUGGUGGUGUUAGAAAGGAGAGCCGGCGGCCCAACAAUGACGACGACCGGCGGCGCCCCACCGUCGAACGGCACCGCCAUUCCACCGCCCGGCUCGAAGCUGGUCCUACUGCACACCGGCGGUGGCCGGGAGGAUUAUAUAACGGAUGCGAUCGGUGGCGUCGGCAACAUUGUGCUGCUGGCGACCGAGCAGAUGGAUAUGGCGGAGCAUGACAUUAUCAACAACAAUGUCAUCAUCAGUGCGAGCGGUGUCGUCUCGAACGGUAGCAGCAGCACCACGCCGCGAACCACCAUCGCCACGGUCAGUUCGCACCAACUGCAUCCGACAUCGGCUGGCGGCACCACCACAGGAGUCCCGGCGACGGCUGCACACGGCGACGAGGAACUCACAUCACUGACCUGGCUGCAGGACGAGAAUCUGCUUAAAGGUAUCAAUCUCUCCAAAGUGCCAGUAUCUUCCCCGGACAGCCCGAGACAGGUCGCCGGCGUUACAACCGGUACCGUUGGUGGUGGUGUCGCCAGUGGGCGUCUCUCCCCGACCAGCGAUUUCAUUGAAGACUCGUCGAGCGUCUCGGAGGAUAACACGUCGUCGGCAAACUCGUCCUCCGAUCACGGCAACAGCACCGGAACAUACCACUCGGAAACGACCACCACUACUGCUGUGCUGGCAACGCCGGAGCAGCAGCAGCGCACCACCUCCCAGCACACAUUUCAGCUUGGAGCGGCCGGGCAUGCGAAAACUAUUACGGGCAUCAACGGUGAAACCAUCAUCGAGUAUCCGGUGAUCGCGGUGAACCAUCACCAUCCGGUUGGCGCCAGCAAUGGCCACGCACCGCAGCAGCAGCAGGUCGUUAUCGAUGGCAGCAAAACGAUGAAAAUGACGCUGGUGACAGCGACAUCGGGCAUCGAUGGUGCCACAUCGACAACCGUGCCAUUUGCCGUGUCUUCUUCCUCGAUGGUGGCUGGUGGCAGUGGUGCCAUCUCGUACGUGGUCAGCUCGCCGGCUAAUUCCACCAGUAGUGCCGUCCCGAUCGCUUCCUCCACGCCCGUCAGCAGUAGCGGCAACGGCAAUGGCAGCAGUAAAAGUAAUUCCAGCAGCACCAACGCUACGCCACAUCAGCACUUCCACAAGAAGUAUCUGCGCGAAGAGCUGGUCAAGCAACAGCAACAGGAGCAGCAGCAACAACAGCAACAGCAACAGGUUCAUCAGCCGAAGCACAGCAUGGGCGGAUCGAUAACGACGAUCGCGAACGGUGGUGUUUCCGGUGGCGGCACUGCCAAUGUCAACAGCGUUUUCCUGACGCCACUGAAACAGCAAAUUAACAGUGCACUGAAAUAUGAAGACGGCAUUGAGAGUGGCGAGGAUCGAUCGUACCAUCAUCUACCUCCGGCGGCGCCCAUGAAAAAUGGGAGCACCAGCUAUGGCGGUAGCAGCAGCACCAUGAGCUCACCGAAUGUGAGCGGCGAAGAGUACGGCGGAACGACGGUCACGACCGUAUACGGGGGGCUGAACCUGGUGAAGCAGUCGCCUGCGGCUUCACCUUCUCACAAUGGCAGUGCCAGCAAUGGCACGGUGGCGAUCAUGAUGAACGGUGCUAGCAACCAGCACCACCAGAUUCAGCAUCUCCAUCCCACUCAGCAUCACCAUCAUCAGCAGCAGCAUCAUCUCCAGCAUCAUCUCCAGCAUCAACCACAGCUACAGCACGCAUCACCGUCCGUUGCCGUUCAGCCGUCCUCGUCGUCCUCUGUCCUGUCGAUGCCAUCGUCUCCGCAGGGCGGCGCUAGCACCAAUUCCGCGGUCAGUCCCUCGAAGCUUCCGCCGCCGAAAGCGAAGCAUCCGACCAACGUGCCAUACGAUCCGCUGGUCCACGUCAACAACAAGCCUCCGUUCAGCUUCAGUUCGCUCAUCUUUAUGGCCAUCGAGAAUUCGCAACAAAAGGCGCUACCGGUGAAGGAAAUUUACGCGUGGAUCGUGCAACACUUCCCGUACUUUAAGACGGCGCCGACCGGCUGGAAGAACAGCGUACGCCACAAUCUUUCGCUCAACAAGUGUUUCCAAAAGGUGGAAAAGGCAGCGAAUCUUGGCAAAGGUUCGCUGUGGAUGGUGGAGCCACAGUUCAGACCAAAUCUUAUCCAGGCCCUGUCACGCUCUCCGUUCCACGCCGGGUCCGGUAUCGAUAAGGCCACGUACAAAAGCAUGCAGCAGCAGCAGCGUUCGACCAACGCGAGCCCCACGGGCAACGGAGCGCAGUAUUCGAAGCAGGACAACUUUCCACAGCUCGCCAGCCGCUUAGCCCCGUCGGAUGCACAAAAUGGGCUUCUGCAUGACGAUCCGGAUGAUUUGAGCCGCUCGUCGACACCGAUCGACUACGAUGGCGGUGGUAGCGACCUGUCGGCCCCCGUUGGGUCACAGCACCACACGACCCACUACCCACAGCAUCACCACACGCAGCCACCACCACAGCAGCAGUCCGUGCAUCAUGGACAUGGCAUCCCACAGCAACAUUCAAUGGUGCGCGGUGGACUGCUGGUUACGGAGUCGCCGAAUGUGUCCGGUGACGGCUAUCACCUUUCGUCUGACGGUACGAUAUCGGAAGGCGGCAUCGUGCAGUGUGCGACGGGAUUGGUGUACGUCAACGGUUCCGGCGGAACUUCCGGUUUGCCCAAGGAGAUUGUCGGGCGCGAGUGGAGCGCAGACACGAUAGAGGACGUCAACGCGGCCACGGCAAUGCUUGCCCUCAAGCACGGACCUAAGAUAUUCAUCGAAAGCUCGUUUCGCAAUGGCAAUCCACCCGUGAUAACGACCUCACCGAGUGAGGACCACACGUACUCUGCUGGUGGGGCCAGCGGUGCUACCGGUUUGCCGGAACAGUCGACGGCGGCCCCCUCAACCAACGGUUCACCGUUGUUGGUCGGUAACGGGAGCAGCUGUUGCUCGUCGUCCGACGAGCGGUACGAGCACAGCCGACCCCACCAUCUGCGCCAUCCGCCGCUACUGUCUCACCUUCCACAGCAUCACGCGAGUCAACAUCACAGUGAUAACAUUAGCAACGGCACCUCUUCCGAUGCUGCCUACGAGAGCAGUGAGGAAAGCCAUCCGCAUCAUGCGUCCGCCGCCGCAGACAUGGAAGAACGGCGCCGCCAGGAGAGUGUGUACGCGCUGCUCAACCUAGCCCAGAUGACCUACUCUUCGUCGCCCUCCUCGUCGAUGUCGUCCUCCACGUCCACGCUCUCGUCGCCCGCCUCGUCCACUGGUUCGCUGAAGCGUUCCGCACCGAACGAUUCGUACACCUCGGGAGCCGGGAUCCACAAUAGCUACCACCAUCAACGGUCGCAGCUUGUUGCCUCACCGGAUGACCGGAUGCGAAUAGCUAACGCUGCUUCACCGCUUCAUCCCCAUAAUGGUCACGUCGUUGAGCUGACCGGCGCCGGAGGAGGACCAUCAGUGACCACGUACUACGGUGGUGUCCAACAUCUUCACGCUGUCAAUGGCAGCAGUGCCAACAAGGUGACAUCGGACGAUCUCAGCCAGCGCUACACGUCACCGCCGCCGGCCAAGAAGUCCAAAGCCCGAACCGCACUGAAGAAACUGAAGAAGAAAUCGUGGGCACGGUAAUGUCGCCCAGUGCUGGUAAGCGUGAAGUGGUCCGGUAAACGUAAAACCCUCCACCGUCUUCUCUGGUGAUGUAGAGAGAGCGAGGUAGAGAGAUAGAGAGAACUAUUUUGUGAAACCAAAAACAAAACCCUGCAAACAGUGCUGCUCCAAGGCAAAUAUCAUAAUGCAAUAUGACAUGGACAACC